CGCAAAGAAAGAGACGCUAGGGCGGGCGAGUGCGUGACAUCGUCAGAGUGAACGCGUCUCUCCGGGCACGACCUCCCGGCGCCGCCGUACGCCCCUCCCCGGCGCGGCCUCCUCUCGCCGGCUCCUUCGUCGCCUACUCCUCCGCAGCAUUAGCGGCGAUUAAUUAGCGGAGAAGGGCGAGAAUGCAGCCGCCGCCGCAGUCGCAGGGAGCAAUGGCCACCGGCGCUGCCACCCUCACCGUCCCGUGCUCCAUGGGCCGCCGCCCGAAGCGGAGCAGCCAGCGCCGCGGCUCCGGCUCAGCCUCCCUCUCCGUCCGUGCGUCCUCGGACGCAAACACGGUGACACUGCUGGACUACGGGGCGGGGAACGUGCGCAGCGUGCGCAAUGCCAUCCGCCACCUCGGCUUCGGCAUCCGCGACGUGCGGAGCCCGGAGGACAUCCUCGCCGCCGACCGCCUCGUUUUCCCUGGCGUCGGCGCCUUCGGCUCCGCCAUGGACGUCCUCAAUAGCACUGGCAUGGCCGACGCGCUCCGCGAGUACAUCCAAAGGGACCGCCCCUUCCUAGGCAUCUGCCUCGGCCUCCAGCUGCUCUUCGACUCCAGCGAGGAGAACGGCCCGGUGAGCGGCCUUGGUGUGAUACCGGGCGUGGUCAGGCGAUUCGACUCCUCCAAGGGCCUCAUAGUUCCUCACAUUGGCUGGAACGCUCUUGAGAUCACCAAGGACGCACAGCUGCUGCAGGGAGCUGAUGGCCACCAUGUUUACUUUGUUCACUCCUACCACGCACUGCCUUCAGAUGCUAACAGAGACUGGAUUUCAUCAAUAUGCAACUAUGGUGACAGCUUCAUAUCAUCCAUCUCAAUGGGAAACAUUCAGGCAGUUCAAUUUCACCCAGAAAAGAGCGGAGAUACUGGACUUUCUAUUUUGAAAAAUUUUCUCAGUGCUAACUCUUCAGGAGUAAAGGCCCCAGCACGUAGGAAAGCAUCAAAACUUGCAAAGAGAGUGAUAGCAUGCCUUGAUGUUCGGUCAAAUGAUAAUGGGGAUCUUGUGGUAACAAAAGGUGAUCAGUAUGAUGUAAGAGAUCAUACUAGCAGCAAAGAGGUAAGAAACCUUGGCAAGCCAGUUGAUUUAGCAAGUGAAUACUACAUAGAUGGUGCUGAUGAGGUCAGCUUCUUGAAUAUAACUGGUUUCCGUGACUUUCCAUUGGGCGAUUUGCCAAUGCUAGAGGUACUGCAUUGUGCAUCUGAAAAGGUUUUUGUGCCACUUACAGUUGGUGGAGGUAUACGAGACUUCACAGAUGCAAAUGGAAGAUACUAUUCAAGCUUGGAAGUAGCAUCAGAAUAUUUCAGGUCUGGUGCUGACAAAAUUUCAAUCGGAAGUGAUGCUGUUUAUGCUGCUGAAGCCUUUUUACAAACUGGUGUAUGUAUUUUAUUUUUCUCUCUCAAUGUUCAGCUAUUUCCCCAUUAUAUAGUUAUUUCUGUGUAUCAGGUAAAGACAGGGAAAAGCAGCUUGGAGCAGAUUUCUAGAGUAUAUGGCAACCAGGCUGUAGUUGUAAGUAUUGAUCCUCGUCGGGUAUAUGUCAAUAGUCCAGAAGAUGUGCCAUUUAAAACUGUGAAGGUGUCCAGUAAAGGUCCAUCAGGAGAAGAAUACGCAUGGUACCAGUGUACAGUGAGUGGUGGACGUGAUAGCCGACCUAUUGGAGCAUAUGAACUAGCAAAAGCUGUGGAAGAAUUGGGUGCUGGAGAAAUACUACUUAACUGCAUUGAUUGUGAUGGCCAGGGCUGUGGAUUUGACAUAGAUUUGGUCAAAAUGGUGUCUGAUGCUGUGACAAUUCCUGUCAUUGCAAGCAGUGGUGCAGGUGCUGUUGAACAUUUUUCUGAAGUCUUUGCGAAAACAAAUGCUUCGGCUGCCCUUGCUGCUGGCAUUUUCCAUCGGAAAGAGGUCCCCAUACUAGCCGUGAAAGAGCAUCUGGUGGAUGCUGGUGUGGAGGUCAGGGUGUAGCAGGAAAAUCUUUGUUAUUGUUGAAAAAUUGAUGUCUGAUUUUGUCUGAUGUAGUGACUGCGGCAACUGCUCUCUGUUCUGUUUCUGGAACAUGGUGGCAGUGCAUAGGCCCCUGAUAGGAACUGCAAUUUCGUAAUAAUAAGUUAAUAAGGCGAUGCUGAACAAGCACCAGUUUCUUUU